AUCACAAUGAAUCUAAACAUCUCUGCAGAAGAGACUGAUAAAAAGAAUCCCAUUGACUGUCCCUCCUUGGGAAGACACAGCUACAUUUUCGUUAUGGUUCCAACUGUUUAUAGCAUCAUCUUUGUCAUUGGUAUAUUUGGAAACAGCUUGGUUGUGAUUAUCAUUUACUUCUACAUGAAACUGAAAACUGUGGCCAGUGUAUUUCUGCUUAAUUUAGCUCUGGCAGAUCUGUGUUUCCUAGUAACUCUACCAUUAUGGGCAGCUACAACAGCCAUGAAGUACCAUUGGCCUUUUGGCAACUGCUUGUGUAAGAUUGCUUCAGUUGCAGCAACCUUCAAUAUGUAUGCCAGCGUCUUUCUCUUGACAUGCCUAAGUGUAGAUCGUUACUUAACAAUAGUGCAUCCCAUGAAGGCCCGCCUUCGACGUACAAUGCUUGUUGCCCGGGUAACUUGCAUCAUUAUCUGGCUAUUGGCUGUCCUUGCCAGCUUGCCUGUUGGGAUUCACCGCCGCGCAUAUGUCCUUGAAAAUGAAAACAUCACAGUGUGUGCUUUUUGGUAUGACACACGCAGGAAUUCAACCAGUCGCAUAACUAUCAACAUUGGAUUAGGCCUAUCUAAAAAUAUUCUGGGCUUCUUAAUUCCUUUUGUGAUCAUUUUAAUAAGCUACAUAUUAAUCUGGAAAACUCUGAAAAAGGCUUACCAGUUUCAGAAGAAUAACGGCAGAGGUGACGACAUCUUCAAGUUGAUUGUUGCAAUAGUUCUUUUUUUCUUUUUUUCUUGGAUUCCUCAUCAAAUAUUUACUUUUAUAGAUGUGCUGAUUCAGCUUGAUGUGAUUAAGAGCUGUGAUGUUGAAGAUAUUGUGGAUACAGCUAUGCCCUUCACAAUCUGCUUAGCUUACUUUAACAACUGCCUGAAUCCUGUCUUUUAUGGCUUUUGGGGAAAAAACUUUAGAAAAUACUUCUUUCAGCUACUCAAAUAUAUCCCUCCAAAUGUCAGGCAUUCCAGUUUGUCGACAAAGAUGACUUCUCUUUCUUAUCGACCCUCAGAAGAUUUAAUCCGCACUUCCAGAAAAAAGGGAUCUCUGGUUGUUGAGUGAUAAUAUGGCAGCACAUUUUUUGCUGUUAGUUGCUCAAAGCGACACUACUCCUCUUCUGCAGGGUUGGACCACCUGAAAUACUUCAUCCUUAUGAAAACUGGGGCCUACCUUCAUGUUAUGAAGAGGAACGUCUUAAACAAAGAAUGCAGGCAUCAUGCCUUCCCGUGUCAGAGUUUGGUGGCAGAUAACGUGUGGUAGAACAUCUAAUCCAUCUACAUAUAGAAAAAUCUCUGAAAUUAUCUUGUGUUCUCUUAUACAUAGGUGUUCUGUAGAAGACUUGCUUCAGAGUCCUGAGAGG